AUGUUUUCAGCAACAUUUCCUAAAAAAAUGGAAGCAUUAGCACGUAAAAAUCUCUAUAAACCCAUUGAAGUAACUAUAGGUGAACGAAGUAUUGUUUGUAAAGAUAUUAUACAAAAUGUCAUAAUUCUUGAUGGUGAUGAUCAAAAAUAUUUAAAAUUACUCGAAUUACUUGGUAUAUAUCAAUCACAAGGUUCAGUUCUUGUUUUUGUUGAUAAACAAGAACAUUGUGAUGAAUUAAUGAAAAAAUUAAUGAGUAAUGUUUAUCCAUGUAUGGCGUUACAUGAUGGUAUUGAUCAAUAUGAUCAUGAUUCAAUAAUAACAGAUUUUAAAAAUGGUGAUAUACCAUUUCUAAUUGCAACAUCGGUUGCUGCACGAGGUUUAGAUAUUAAAAAUUUAAUUGUUGUUGGCAAUUAUGAUUGUCCAAAUCAUUAUGAAGAUUAUGUACAUCGUUGUGGACGUACGGGUCGAGCAGGAAAUAUAGGUUAUGCUUAUACAUUUCUUACACCAGCACAAGAACAUUAUGCUGGUAAUAUAAUCCAAGCUUUAAAAACAUUUGGUACAUCUAUACCAGAAGAAUUAACUUUAUUAUGGGACAGUUAUGUUAAAAAAGAGGAAGCCAUGGGUAUAGAAGUAAAAGUUGAUGUUGGGGGUUUUAAUGGACGAAGUAGUUAUGAAUUCAAUUCAUUUGAAAAACAAUUAAAAAUUAAGCAAAAAACCAUGCAGGCUACUGCUAUGGGUUUAGUAGAUUUGGAUGAAGAUGAAGAAAGUCAAGUUAUUGAUGUACAAAUUCAAUCGUUAUUUAAUAACAGUAAAAAAUAUAUGAAAACUAAAGGUAAUGCAUCAAUUAAUCUAAAUGCAGAAACUAGUGGUUCAACAUCUGUAAAUGAUGCAGCAUCGAAAUUAGAAUUAGCUACGAAAGUAGCAGCUAGGUAA